AUUUUGUCAGUCAAUGCAUUUUACUUUUCCAUCUCUCUCUUAAUUUCUUCAUCAUUAGAAGCAACUAAAUCCAUCUAACUCUAUUUUUCCAUCUCUCUCUUAAUUUCUUCAUCAUUAGAAGCAACUAAAUCCAUCUAACUCUAUCUCAAUUUAAUCUGCAUGCAACAGCUGUUCGCAAUUUCAGAUCUGUGUCACUGAUUUGAUCUUUCAAGGUAUCCUAUGUUUUCAAUUUAAUACUUCUACAGUAAAGAGAGGUUUUGUUUCUGCAUAAAUUUCCUCAGAUCUGAGGCUUCUUUUAUUCGUUUGGAUACAUCAGUUGUUGUUGCUUUGAUCUUUCUGCAAAUUCCUUCUUUGUUUAUUAAUUUUUGUUUGGCUGAAUUGAAUUUUUUAUGCAGUUCAGAUUUCGAGAAAUCUAGUCGGCGUUUGCCUAUAAGUGAAGGUUCAAUUCUCGAAAUCUAGUCGGCGUUUGCCUAUAAGUGAAGCUCAAUUUCAUUCGAAUUGUUGACUGAGAAAUCGUUGAUUGCACGCCAAUGGAAGUCGUCGUCGGUGAAGAGAAGCUGUACUCUCAUAAUCUGCGAGACUUUCUGCGAAUCAAGGAGGAAGAUCAUCGGAGGAAUCUCAACCAGAGCACCUCCUCCAGCAGCGGCGCCGGCCGCCGCAGCAUCACGAUGAGCGCGUUUCUCAACGACAAAAUCGCUCAGCCUCCGCCGCCCGAGGAUCCGCCGCGGCGCUCAGAGUCGAGCCGGACGUUGCUAGACAUCAUCCGCGAGGAUCAAACCGCCGGUCUCCGCCGCGGCGGGGAUGACGGCCGGAGUAGUUGGCGGCACUUGAAGGACAAGAUCCGCCUCCGCCGCAGAAUCACCGACAACAACAACAACAACAACAACAACAACAACAAUCACCACAAUCAAUCAGACGAGUCAAUUCAACCCGAUUCCAGAGCUCCGAUUCCCCUCACAAACCCUAGGCGAUCAACGGAGAGAUCCACCGCUCCACUCGAACCCUCAAUUUCACCUCGGAUGAGGCAAUUGACAGCCGACGGCAACGGAAACUCAAAUGUGAACGAAGAGCGCCGCAUCGACGCGGCGGAAUUGGCGCUGGAGGGGAACGAUUCGCCGUUGAAGAUGUCGUUGAUGGCCUUGCUAGCGGAGAAUGAUCGGCAGAUGGGGUAUGAAAGCUCGGCAUACGCGAUGGAUGAAGACGAACCAGAGGAGGAAGUAAAUGAUGUAGUAAUUGAAGAAACCGGCACCUCCACCGCCGGCGGCGGCAGCAAAGGGGCGGAGGGCGAAAACUGCUGCGUUUGCAUGGUGAGGCAUAAGGGGGCGGCUUUUAUCCCCUGCGGCCACACGUUUUGCCGGCUGUGCUCCCGGGAGCUUUGGGUACAGAGAGGAAACUGCCCUCUUUGCAACAAUUUCAUUGUUGAAAUUCUUGAUAUCUUUUGAUGUGGAUUCUUGAUUCAUAUAAACCUAAGAUCAUCUUCUUGUUUCAA